CUUAUCGAUAGUUUAUGUUAAUCUUGUAGAUAGCAGCAACAGCUGUCUCUGCUUCAUUGUUUAUUAGUUUUUUUAGUUUUAACCAAGUUUGUUGUCUUUCUUUAUUAUAUAAACAAACUAGUGCUAUCCCACUAAGCGUAAAAAUGCUCAUUUAACACACAUACUCGUGAGUAAUAAGUUGGUUUUCCGAGGAGAUAUUUACGCAUCUCCGAUUUCAUCAGUUAUGUUUAUUCAGUAAGUUCCUGCGGAACUAACUUUCAUCUGGGCUGCACCUGCGCAGGCGUGUGAAAUGUUCAUCACUUCCUCUAGGCCAGUCAACUCAACAAUUUGAACAUCUCAGGGACUGGGAUCAGGAUCGGGACUAGGACGGGGACUGAGACUAGGACUUGGUCGAAAUGUUUGCUCCACUGUGCUUCAGCUGUCCGCGAUGCCUCCUCCUAAGACGCGGUGCUGAGCGCUGGGCCUUUGGAUCGCUGGCCCGGCAACUGGCUGGGAACAGCUCCAAGGACACGCCACCUAAGGACAAACAACGCCAGGAGCUGCCGACCAAAGAAACGCCGCCAAAAGAUCCUGCAACGCUGGACAAGAACUUGAACACCACCAAACCAACUGUUCCAGAAGCGAGCUCCAAUGACACCAAAUCCAAGAAGAAGAAUAUCAAGGAUAUUGAGAUACCCCCAGAGCCCACCAACUGCUGCAUGUCCGGAUGCGCCAACUGCGUUUGGCUGGACUACGCCCAGACCCUGGCCAAGCUCCUGGGCGACAACGACGAGGAGGCCCGCGAGAUCGUCCUCAGCAAGAUCACUGACCCGAACCUUAAGAUGUUCCUGAGCCUGGAGCUUCGCAACCUGAAGCAGAAACGGGAGGAGGAGGAGAGGGCGCGUGGCGAGAAGCCCAAGCCUUCCAAAUAGUGCAAACUAGUGCCCUUCUUCCCAAGAAUCCCUCUUCUAUUUAGGACCAAAUUCAUAGUAGCUCAAAUUUACUUAUGUACUUAGUGUUUAAAAACUACAAAACCUCAAAAUAAAUGUUUAGGAGUUGAGUAUUAAAGUGUUAAGAGUUUACAAUUUUAAAUUAAAGACGAAAUGACGAUUUGUGUUCCUGUAGUUUUUUUUUUUUAGAUUAAGAAGCAAGGAAUAGAAUUUAUAAUGGUUCCAUGGCAGAUUUUAUAUUUUUGAAAACUUUAAAUAUUUCAACAUACUUUUAAAGUUUAUUUUAAAAGAAACACAUUCAAUACUUUAUACUUUUGACAAAUUAUUUUACUAAUUAAGGCACUAUAAUUUUAAAUUUUAGUUAUAAUUUAAUAAAAGCAGUACCAAAUAAAUUUUAAUUUGAUA